AUGCCAAAGCAAAAGAGGUACAAGAAUCUACUUAAAGCAGCAGCCGCAGCUGCAAAUUCUUCACAAGACAAGUCCACAGCAGCUGCAAAUACAUCACAAGUCAAGUCUGCAGCAGCUGCAAAUUCCUCUCGGGACAAGUCGGCAGCUUCAAAUUCCUCCCGGGAUAAGUCAGCAGCUGCAAGUUUCUCUCGGGACAAGUCGGCAGCAGCUGCAAGUUCCUUUCAGGACAAGUCGGCAGCUUCAAGUUCCUCUAAAGACAAGUCGGCAGCAGUUGCAAGUUCCUUUCGGGACAAGUCGGCAGCUUCAAGUUCCUCUAAAGACAAGUCGGCAGUAGCUGCAAGUUCCUCCCGGGACAAGUCGGCAGCUUCAAAUUCUUCUGAGCCAUCAUCAGUUGCUGCAACUAUAUCUGAGCAUCCAUCCGAACCUAAACGUAAACGUGGACGUGAAUCUAAACAUUAUUGGACUGUUGAUGCCAUAGAUGAAUACGGAGAUAGUACACGUCUUCAUUUAUUAGUGAAGGAUGUGCAUAAUUUGCCAGAAGGUUUGCGCAUAGUUGUCAAUUUUGAUAAAGAUUAUGCAGCAAUAGGAGAAGCAGCUGGACUCCUUGCAGGAGUUUGUGGGCAAUUGGCCACUGAUUGUGUUGCAUUUCCAAUUAGUUUUGACAAGUGGUCAGACAUUCCAACAAGCUUUUUUGAAAAUCAAUGGAAUAUUUUUUUCCUAGCUCGAUUUUGCUUCAAAGUGAGUGAUAACUUGGCCAAACGAUUUUUGCUCCAAUCGCUUGGCAAAAAAUGGAGGGAACAUAGGAUAAAGCUUUGGAAUGAUUUUUAUGAUCCGAGGUUGAGUAAAACCGAGAUCAUAAAUAAUGCACCAGAAGAUAUUGCUCCUGAUCAAUGGGCUUUAUUCGUAGAAUAUCGUUUGAAGCCUGAAACUCAGAAACUUUGUAAGAGGAAUCAAGAAAUUCGGCAAAAACAAAUAAUUCCUCAUACUUCAAGUGCUAAAUCAAUUGCAAGAAGAAGGGCUGAAUUGACGGAAGAGACAGGAAAAGAAGUUAAUAGGGUUCAAAUGUGGGACAUCACUCACAAGAAAAUAGAUGGAAGUUAUGUUAAUGAAAAGGCUAAAGAAAUAGCGGAGAAGAUUGAAGCACAUAGCAGCCAACAACCGAUGGAAUUAACUGUUAAUUCUCCUCUUGAUGCUCUUGGAGUAGUUUUUGGGAGAGAGCACCCUGGCCGUGUUCGAAGUUUAGGUAUGGGAGCUGUUCCAACAAUUGCUUUCAAGAACAACACCACAAGGAUUAGUCAAAUGAAUUUAGGUUCUUCAAAUCAUGUUGGCACAUCAUCUACUUGUCCAAAUGUGCAAGAGGAGUUGGAUACUGUUAAAGCGCAAUUGCAAGCGCUAGUAUCCUAUAUUGCUUCUAAGGAAGGAGGUAAACUUCCAAUACAAUUGGCUGGAAUGUUCCCUACUCAACAAGUUUCACAGGGAUUGGAUCAGGAGAGUGAGAUUCCAUCACCAAAAGAGUUAGGAAGUAGGUCUUCUGGAGCAAGCAAUAAGGAAGCAUGA